UAAUGAUAAAAACAGUCAUACAUGCGCUUCACUUGCACUUCUAGUCAGCCCAACUACGUUUCCAUUAUUCGUAAAAUCUUCUUGUGACGUCAGACGGUCAUAGCGCAAGCUCUCCUGUUUCACAACCACCGCCGUCAUAACAACCACACGAAUCGCGCACACUCUCCAAGAAGCGACAAAACGGCACAUCGUGUGUGAGUAUGUGUAACACGUUAUAGUACAGACGUUUACAUCCGACAAACGGUAGUACCACUAGAGACAUGGACGCGAUCAAGUCCGCAGACCGCAACAAGUCCAAACGUGACUUUCGGUAUGCUGAGAGCCAACUUCGUAAUUUGAACACAAAAAUCGAUAAUUUAUUAAACAAACUAGAAGAGAAGAAACAAGAUGAAGCAAAAACGCCAGAAGAAGAAUGUGUGAUAUGUGUCAAUUCAAAAGCGACAAUGCAGACUUGGCCUUGUGGUCACCGAGUUGUAUGUCGAAAGUGUUUGGUGCGUACCAUACAGAUAGCAGUUUCACGAAGGGCGUUACCUCUGAGGUGUGUCGUGUGCAGGGCAAGAGUUCUACGGCUCAAGAGGUCGUCGGAUCAUCAGGCUUAUCUGAGACAUGAUAAGGGUCGUUCUCACAGCCUGCCAGUAAAAUUACGUAGACGUACUUCAGCGCCGACUUUGGCCGUUCGGUCCCGAUCGGUUGGACCGAGUAAAUCCGGUAGGCUUCCAGCGACUGUUGAUCGACGACCAUUUAACUACAUUCGCGCCCGAACCGGAAUCUGUGUAGAUUGGAUUGAUGAACCGACGUUACCAGCAAAGUACAAGAAUAAUAGAAAUACCAUUUAUACCAUUGCACAGAAUCGCAUACAAACAAGAUACUAUGAGUAACGUGGAUACACAAAUGACGACAUAACUAUUUAUUCAUAGCCCCACUAACCAGUUUUAUUUAGUUAAAAAUAAUUAUUUCAUGUAAUUAUGACAUUAAAAUUGUGGUUUUAUGGAAUAUUAUUUUUGAUACAUUUAAAACACAAAACACACACGCAUAAAAAUAACACAAAAUUAUAGAACAUAAUUACC